UUCCUGCCUGGAGAAGCCACCGGCGCUGUGCUGUUCCCCAGGUUGCUGCCCAAGGGGCUGAUCAGGGCCCUGGGGAUGAUGUUCGCCAUCGAGCAGAUCAACAACUCCAGCCGGGUGCUGCCGGGGCUCCAGCUGGGCUAUGAGCUGCACGACUCGUGCUCCGAGCCGCUGGUGGCCCUUCAGCCCAGCCUCCUCUUCCUCGCCCGCCGCGGCUCCUCGGGCAUCGCGCUGCUGCGGGACUACACCGAGUACCAGCCCCGCGUCGCCGCCGUCAUCGGGCCCCACUCCUCCGACCUGUGCCUGCUCACGGCCAAGCUCUUCAGCUCCUUCCUCAUCCCACAGGUGAGCUACGGAGCCAGCAGUGAGACCCUGAGCAACACGGAGCUGUACCCGUCCUUCUACCGCACCGUGCCCAGCGACAAGAACAUGGUGGAGGCCGUGGUGCUUCUCCUCAGCCAGUUUGGCUGGAACUGGGUCGCCACGGUGGGCAGCGAUGACGAGUACGGCCGGGGGGCCCAGGCCCUCUUCCUGAGCAUGGCCAGCACCAACAACAUCUGCAUCGCCUUCGAGGGGCUCAUCCCCGACGACCUGACCGAGCCUAAUGCCAAAACGCAGCUGGAAAACACAAUUAAAUUAAUUAACAGCACCAAAGUCAACGUCAUCGUGCUGCUCGCGCAGACCUCGGCAGCCCAGGCCCUGCUGCAGCACAGCAUCAGGAUGGGGCUGGGCAAGAAGGUCUGGAUUGGCACCGAGGCCUGGAUGGUGUCGGACAUCCCCACCACCACGCCCAACAUCCAGAGCGUGGGGACAGUGCUGGGCUUUGUCACGAGAACGGGGACGGUCCCCGGCUUCCGGGAGUAUGUGGCCGAGCUCUUCCGCUCUGUCACUCAGGAGGAGUUCUGCCGGCAGUCCUGGGAGCUGAGCCGAAGCACGGACGCCGAGGAGCUGGACACGCCAUGCCAGCAGUGUGGCAACGUCACCCUCGGGGACAUCUGGCCCAUGCUGGAGGUGACCGCGGUGCAGCCGGUGCACAUGGCCGUGUACAGCGUGGCCCACGCCCUGCACAGAGCUCUGGGCUGCACCUCCAAAGGCUGUCCCAAAACACCCAUCAGGUCCUGGCAGCUGCUGCACUUCAUGAACACCCUCCCGUUCGAGGUGAAUGGCCAGAGCUUCAGGUUUGAUCAAUCCCACGGCACAAACACUGGGUACAAACUCAUCCUCUGGGCCUGGAGGGACGGCACCGUGACCCACCUGCCCGUGGGGAACUAUGACCAGUCCCUGUACAUCCGUAAGUCCCAGAUCCAGUUCCACACCGCAGAUAAGAAGGAGCCCACGUCCGAGUGCUUCAAGCGCUGCCAACCAGGACAAUUCAGAAGAAUAAAAGGAUUCAACCUCUGCUGCUAUGACUGCACAGACUGCUCAGAAAACACCUGGAGCAGCACAGACAGCACCAGCUGCUCCCCGUGCCCGCGGCACCAGUGGGCGCCCGCCCGCAGCACGCGCUGCCACGACCGCGGCGAGCGCUUCCUCUUCUGGGACGAGCCCCUGGCCCUGGCCCUGCUGAGCCUGGCGGCGCUGGCGGCGGCCCUGAGCGCGGCGGCGGCCCUGCUGUUCCUCAGGCACCUGCAGACUCCCCUGGUGCAGCUGGCAGGGGGUGCCAGGAGCCUCUUUGCCCUGCUCUGGCUGCUGCUGCAGAGCCUCAGCUGCUGCCUGUACGUGGGCAGGCCCGGCGCGGCGCUCUGCUCGCUGCAGCAGCUCUCCUACGCCCUGUGCCUCAACGGCUGCUUCUCCACCUUGGUGCCCAAGGCCCUGGAGAUCGCCCUGCGGACGGAAUUCCCCCGCCGCGCCCCGGGGCUGCUGCGCUGGGUGACCCAGGGCAGGGCUUGGCUGCUGGUGGCCACCUCCAUGCUCGCCCAGGCGUUGCUCUGCUUGUGCCACCUCCACCUGGGCCCCGACUACCUGGUGGCCGACUACGAGUCCCUGCCCAGCGAGGUGCUGCUGGUGUGUGGCACCCAGUCCUGGGCUGCCUUCGCCCUCCUGCACAGCUACAACAGCUGCCUGGCCUUCUCCUGCUUCCUGUGCACCUUCAUGGUGCAAACCCCGGCCGGGAGGUACAACGUGGCCAGGGGCAUCACCUUCGCCACCCUCAUCUAUUUUGUCGUCUCCAUCUUCUUCGUGGUGGUUUUCACCACGCUCAGGACGGUCCUCAGGGCCGUCACGCAGAUUUGCACCAUCCUGGCCACCACCCUGGGCAUCCUGGCCAGUUUCUUCAUGCCCAAGUGUUACAUCUUGGUGUUCAGGCCUGAUCUGAACACGGGGGAUUAUUGCCAGAACCCCUCUGAGCAGCAGCCAGAGCAGGACAGGCAAUAAACCACCCCCUGCCUCACCUGCUCCUCGCAGGAGGUGGAUUUUAAGGAGAAAAUCUUGUUUAGGAGCACUCUGUGGCCCCAGGCACAAAAUCAGCUCUGAACUGGAGCUGUGAAAGCACAGGGCUCAGCAGAGCAGCAACCUCCAUCCUCUCUGGAAGCACAUUUCAGCCCCCAAAAUCAGCCAGAAUUAAUUCAGUUAAUGAAAGAAUCUCCAGAAAUUAUAUUUUACAUCCAUCUCUCAAGUCUGGCAAUGUGAGUCACCAACACCACUCCCCUGUAAACACGUCUGGUAAUUUCCCUUUUUUAUUAAGCAGCUCCUGAGAUAGAUCCAGGAAUCCUCUCCCCAGCCUUGUAAGAAUUGUCAAAUCUGUCCAAUAAAAGGGAAGUAAAAAGAACAUUGUGGCAGGUACCAGCAGCUGUGUGUGUGGCACAAAGGGAGCAUUACCCAUUCAAAUCCCAGCUCACUCACUUCUGCCUUAAACAGGGCCAGAGAAAUCAUGAUUUAUAAGAAUAAAAAU